CUCUCCAACACACCGAUGUGCCGAUCUAGUAAUUCAUUGGCAUGAUUUGUUUACAUGGACAAGCCUUACUAAUUGGCUGUGUUUCAGGUGGUGGCCGGUUUAACGACAUUUAUAUUUUUCACAAAAUUUAUAUUUACGAAAUCUAACCCAAAACAAAACCGCUAUUAUAGAUCUUUACUUCUAAAUGUCAACAUUUUUUAAAUUUUACCUUACUUGUAGCCUGAUGGUAGCUGAUUGAGAAUAAUGUCCAAUGGGAGACCUGGGGGAAAAAAAAAACAGGUUUCAGUGCGAGCAAGACGAAGGCUCUUGGUCGUGUUUUUAUUUGUAAUAUUCUUGGUUGAGUUUUUAUUUGUAAUAUUCUUGGUUGAGUUUUUCCUUUUGAAACUGCACAGGCCCUCUCACCGUGUGGGAAACACCCACAGCUAAGUGAAUAACAGCAGUGUGCAAAGCAUGCGAUGAUUCACAAACCUUAAGGUACAACACCAAUCAAAGGCGAGCAUAUACAUGUAGUUAUCAGUAAAUGUACUGAUAAAAGUAGUAUGGAUUCCUGCAGUCACGAAAGCUUCAAAUCAAGAUUAUAAAAGUAUGUUUAAGGUUUUGUUCAGAGCACGAAAAUCCGUAAUUUCUGAGGCAAACAUAGUCCAAUUCCCAUUAAAAUAUAAUUGAGAAAUGACAGUACAGUACUUGAAAGGGUUGCAAUAUUAUUCCAUAUAUGAGGUGCUUCAUAGUAGGGGGGGGUAUGGUUUUCAAACGUGUGGUAUUUACUUCAAAAACAUAACAUGGAAGGUUAAUAGUGAACAACUAAAAUUUCAAGAGUUUAUAAUAAAUGUAGUUAAUAAACAGGAUAACAUGUGUGAUGUCUUCUCAGUCAAUGCUUUCAACUGAAACUUAGACCGCCACGUAGCUCUCCGAUUUGCCUCCACACGGCCGCCAGUCUUGUUUCAAUGUUCUACUCACUUAGUUUGCUUAGAAGUUCUGAAGAUAGUUCGUACAUUCAAUAUGAAGGUUGAACAAUUUGAGGCAAGGCUGCGAUAUUUUUUUUUACCUUGGGAGCCUCCCUCUGAGGCCCCUUUUCCUUUUAGCUCACACAUCGCUUUUGGAAUGCGCGAGCCACCAAGCCAGCCGCACACUCCUUCCAGCGAAUUUGGCAAUGGGCAAAGGAGACAGAGUUUCAAGAGGAAAGAAAGGAAUGGAAAGGAAAAAGGCUGCAUUCUCGGACCGUCACAUGUUCCGCAAAGUCACCGGCUAAGAAUAAACGCGGUUUACUUUCGCCGACGCGCGUCCGGCUCGCUCACAACGCUCCUGUCCCGCCCGUGUGCGUGCCCUGUGAAGUUUACAUCAGCUGUCUCGUCUCUCUUUUUUCUCUCUCUGCGAGCCGCUUUUAAGGGGCCAUGGCCUCGUUCGCUCCGCACAAUCGUUCUCAAUGCCCGGCGUGACCGUGCGUGCGCGCCCUGCGAUUUUUUUUUGGGUUUCCAUCGAUCGCUGCCCUUCUUUUUUUUCUCCCGUUGGAUGGCCUCUCGCCUCUUCGUCCGUCCUUUUCUUUUCUGAGACCUCCCUCCACGCUGGCGGAAGGUCGCCCAUUGCGCUCCCUUAGCCGGCGACUGGACGCCGCCCGCCGGCGCGUGCUUGAGCCCUCUCCUCCACGGCUGGAGGAGGCGGCGCUGCUCGAGAAAUGUCAUCGCUCUGGUGUUUGUACUGUGCCGCUGAGAGGACCCAGUCUCUGCUGGAGCUCGCUGUGGACGACUGCGUGGAUGUUGAGGCACAGGGCCCAGAGACGGUCACGUGCACAGACGGCUCGCUCAGCCGAGACGCCGCGGCGGCCUGCUCCCCGGCCCGCGCGUCCGACGACACCUCGGCCUUGCCAGGCACCUCCGCCCAAUCGCGGCAAUCGACGUCGCGCAGGGCCAGCUUCCAGCGAUCCAACUCGGCGCUGCGCCGGGCGCAGCAGCAAGGGGACGACGGGACCACGGCUGCGACGGCCGCUGCACGGCGGAAGCACUCGCUCGCCGGGAGCUACGAGCUCUCCUCCGACCUGCAGGAUAAACAGGUGGAGAUGCUGGAGCGUAAAUACGGGGGCCAUUACAUCAGCCGCCGUGCAGCGUGCACCAUACAGACCGCCUUCCGAGAAUACCAGAUGAAGAAGCAGUUCCGGAGGAUCCGGGACUCCAUGUGUGAGAGCCGUGUCUCCAAGGGCACUCGGAUGCAGCUACCGACCCAGGAGUCCCCCGUUGCGGGGAAGGCACCACCACAAGGAGGGCUUGCACCCACAACGGCCGUGACGGCCGUGAUUGUGGCCUCCGCAGACCGGAAGGCCGAGGCCAAAGAGGGCCCGAAGCGGACGCGGCAUGGCGGGCGGCAACAGGGAGACACAAUCACGGAGCUGGAGGACGCAUUCUCCAAGCAGGUCAAGUCGCUCGCAGCCUCCAUCGACGAUGCGCUCAACUGCAGGGGCCUGAGCAAGUCGGACGAGGAGAAGCUGGACUCGCCGUCAGCGGGGAACGAUGGCAGCUCCUCGACGCUGACGCUCCUCCCCAAGGACGAGCUGGCGGAGGACCCCAGCCAGGCGGACGACGGCAUCGUGAAGGACAAGCUGGCCGCGUCGUACAGCGACAUCACGCUGUACAUCGACGAGGACGCCAUCACGCCGCCGUCUCCGACAAACCGUAUCUCUGCCGCGCCAGCAGUAGCGACGGCGGCGGCGGCGGCGGCCGCGGCCGGGUCGUUUAUUGCGCCGGACAGAUUCCACUCGGGGUGCAGCAUCUCCGAGGGCAGCCAGACGCACACGUACGUCAGGAGCACGUUACCCAAAACGACCGUCGCCUCCCAAACCGUGAACACGGCCAGAGACAUGCGGGCGAUGCCCAUCGUGGAGAAGGCCCAGGUUCUCAUGGACUCCUUGAGCCAGGAUGUGCUGAGGAAGCAAAGUCUCUCGGGCCACCCCGUGAGCCCGAAGAGCCCCUCGCGGGGAUCCGUCGACUCCGGCUCGCUGCCCGGGGCCAGCAUGGUGCGGGUCCUGCCGCCGGAGGCCCCCUCCUCUCUGCGGCAGGGUGGGGGCCUCAGCUUGGGCGUCAACGGGAGCAGGCAGAGCAAGGCCGACUCGGACUUCUCGGACGCCGACAACGACAGCAUCAACAGCACGUCCAACUCCAACGAGACCAUCAACUACGGGUCGGAGACGUCGUCGCACACGAGCGCGCGCGACCCCGCGCUCACGCGGCCCGGCUACCACAAGGACGCGCAGGGGGGCUGCGACUCGCCCGCUUUCAGCAACGACAUCAUCCGCAAGCGGCAGUAUCGCAUCGGACUCAACCUCUUCAACAAGAAGCCGGAGAAAGGAGUCGCCUACUUGAUGGAGCGUGGCUUCGUGCCCGACACACCCGUCGGAGUCGCACACUUCCUCCUUCAGCGCAAGGGGCUCAGCCGACAAAUGAUCGGAGAGUUCCUGGGCAACCGGCAGCGCGCCUUCAACCGCGACGUGCUUGACUGCGUGGUGGAUGAGAUGGACUUCUCGGGCAUGGAGCUGGAUGAGGCACUGCGAAUGUUCCAGGCUCACAUCCGCGUGCAGGGAGAGGCGCAGAAGGUGGAGAGGCUCAUAGAGGCCUUCAGCCAGCGCUACUGCAUGUGCAACCCGGGCGUGGUGAAGAACUUCCAGAACCCAGACACCAUCUUCAUCCUGGCGUUCGCCAUCGUGCUGCUCAACACCGACAUGUACAGCCCCAACGUGAAGCCAGAGAGGAAGAUGAAGCUCGACGACUUUGUCAAGAACCUGAGAGGAGUCGACGAUGGGGCGGACAUCCCUCGGGAGAUCCUGGUGGGCAUCUAUGAGAGGAUCCAGCGUGGAGAGCUCAAGACCAACGAUGACCAUGUUACGCAGGUGGCCAACGUGGAGAAGACCAUCGUGGGCAAGAAGCCGGUGCUCUCGCUGCCGCACCGCCGCCUCGUGUGCUACUGCCGCCUGUUCGAGGUGCCAGACCCAAACCGACCUCAGAAACUGGGCCUCCAUCAGCGAGAGAUUUUCCUCUUCAAUGACCUGCUCGUGGUUACAAAAAUCUUCCACAAGCGGAAACAUUCGACGAGUUACAGCUUUCGCCAGUCGUUCCCCCUGUACGGAAUGCAGGUCCAUCUCUUUGAGAAUCAGUACUAUCAGCACGGGAUAAGGCUCGUCUCAUCAACGCCUGGCUCAGAAACAGAAAUCCUCGUCAUCUUCAAUGCUCCCAAUCCUGAAGACCGCAAAAAAUUUGUGGAGGAUCUGAAAGAGUCGACUUCAGAGGUGCAAGAGAUGGAAAAGUACAGAAUAGAAGUCGAGCUGGAGAAGCAGAAGGGCAUCAUGAGGCAGACGUCAGCACAGGGGCAUGCUGGGAAGAGGAAGGAAGCGACAAAUGGGGGCAUGCCCCGAGGCAGCCUGGAUGACAGCUGCAUCGUGGGCGGAGAGGGCCUCAAGAGGAGUGCACUGAGCAGCUCUCUGCGAGACCUCACUGACGGAGGAAAGCGAGGACGGCAUGGAAGUAUAAGCACACUUGAUGGCCAAGCAGAGAGCCCUGGAAUGAGUAGCCCAACCCCGCCAAGGAAGGCAUCAACGGCAGACGCGGACAGCCUAACGGCCUCCUCGCACUCCCGCCUGUCCAACUCGUCCUCCUUCCGACUAGGGACCAUCUUCGGCUCGCUGCGCGGAAAGUCAGUCUCCCAGCAAUCCGAGACGGCAAUCGCCGCGUGCGCGGCGGCGGCGGCCGUCGCCGCCCCGCUCGUAGCGCAACCUCAGCAGCUUUUCGCCGCGUCGCCGGCAGAAUCGGCCCAGGCGCCACCGCACAGUCCCCGGUCGGCUCGGGCCGAGCGGCUGCCGCCGCCGCCGUCGCAUCAUCAUCAGCAGCAGCAUCAUCAGCAACAGCAGCGCCAGUACGCUCACAAGGCGGCGCCGCAGCAGCAGCAGCAGGUGCCGCAGGGGACCCACGCCCUCCCGCAGUUGUGCGAGCGAUCGUCGGUCCUAGCUAAGGAGGGGGGCGGCGGCUUCGCUCGGGCCGCUGGCUGCUCCUCGCCUUCGCGCGCUAAGCCGCACAUUCCCGUAGACGCCGUGCGGGUGCUCCCCCCGCAUCCCUUCCCGAUCGUCAGCAUUGUUGCCGCCACCGCCUCCUCCCUCCCUCCCACUCCCCUCAACUCUGCCGCCGCCGCGGCCGCCACCACCCGGCAGAAUCCCGGCUUAGGCCAGCUGCCACCCUUCCCCCUGCCAACCAACUCCACGCUCCUGGAGUCCUCGAAGGCCAACACUCUACCCAGAAUGAAACCACAAGAUAAGCUCCCAAAGAGCUAAGAGAGGACUUGGAAGGCCAAGUUGUCUCUGUGUAAUCCUCAGCGAGAACCCUGUGCCGGUCGUCAGGCGAUCGGGCAGGGGGAAAAAAAUGGUGCAAGCCAGGCGAUGUGCGUACACUCACAGCAUAGGGACCUGCUUCCGAUAUCCUUUGCCGUCGACCAAGUUACAUCAUCGGCUGCCAUGCCAGGAUGAGCAGUGAGAGCCGCCCGCAAGAGGAGAGACAACAUGAUGCGCUGUGCAUUAGAAGGAACCGGUCUCGAAUGACAAGCGAUGUUUGUGUAGCGGCUGCACUCACGGCAUCCGUCCUGACAUUUUGACGUCGAGGUGCCGUCAAUUUGGGUCCAGCGAGGAGGGUCGGGUUGGUGGAGGGGGCAAGAGAGAGCCUGACCGUGAACGACGCCUCUGUUCUUUCCUCAAGCGCACUCCAACGUUCCACUGCCCAAGGACGGACGCCUCGGUUAAACUCCACUUGCGUUGUGGCUGAAGUUAGCGGUGGCAAUGAUGGCGUGUUUGUGUGUGGUUUGAUUAACAGCUGGACAUUGACAACCUAAAGGUGCAUUCGGUGUUGAUACAUUCGGGCUCAUCAACGAGGAAGCUAUACGUCAUGAAAAUAUAUGUUUUGUUAAAAAUUUCAACGUCGACAAAAAAUGUAGCGAAUACUUAAAUCAUUUUAAAGUGGCUGGGAAUAUUUAUAUUACAAACGAUAAAAAAAAAACUCUUAAUUUAAAAGGUGAUCUGAUAAUAUUCUUCAGCUGGAAAUUGAACAACAACAAAAAGGCGAGAGCUCAGGAAGGUGCAGAAGGUUUAUCGAAGGCCAAGGGCUCAAGCAGGGCACUUUAUCACGGGCGGUCGUGUCUCACGAAAUCUUUGCGUGAGUGCAAACUCGAAGUCGGGACCCACAAAUACGUUGUGUGAGGUCAAAGGUCAAAGAGCUAGUGGCUCACACUCAGCCAAGGCAACCUUUUGCAUGGUCCUGAUAUGACCAGAAAAUGCUAAAGCAUGAGAUGAGAGGUCGCGUUUAAUGUCUAUUGAACUAUUACGGUAUGUGUUCUAAAGGAAAUACAGUAUACGGUAUCUUACUAAAGAACUUGCAUUUGACGUUUCUUUAUUCCGGUCUCAUUAUUCUUUCGAGGACCUUUGUAAACUUUCUCUAGUACAGUGCUGUGUCGUUAUUGCAUUGGGGUUUAAUUUUUGUUCAAAUCCAUAUAUUUGAAACACCAUCACACAUUUACGGAAGCCCCGCCACAUUACCCAACACCCAUGCCACGAAUGUAUUCCCCCUUUGCUGUGGUCCGGUCACAAAUGAAUAACAAGUCCAGAUAAAUUAAAAAAACGCUGCGGUUAUGUCGACAGCCAAACAACGCGAGGUCAUCGCGGAAGACAUUCGCACAGGGCACACACCGUGGUCGCAGCAACAAAAAGCCUUCCCCCCCCCCCGUACAUUUGCGUACACGUUUCCAUGUAAUUACUUUCCGCGCUGCAGGCAGAGUGUUGAUGAAACUGUUUUCUUUCCUCUCCGUCCACUGCUUUCGCUGAGAAGUCAGCAAGAUUAAUUCAGGUCUGGUACGAGUUCUGGAGAAGACGCAACAACAGCAACAAAAACGAUUGCAGUCGCUAGCAGAUCAUGCUCGGCUAUCCAUGGAGGUUUUUUUUGGGUUAGAUCGCGUAAAGAUAAAUGUGUCGUUAAACCCGCCGCCACCUGACACAGCUAAUUAGUAAGGUUUGUCAUGUAAACAAAACAUGUCAAUUCGCGACUAGUUCAGCACACACCGGUGUGUUGGCGAGUAAACCCACAACAUUUACAAAUGCUCAGCUACGUGUCCGAGGCUUAAAAUAGCAGACACUUGUAGGUAUGUUGAACUUCUUUCGCGCUAUAGAUAGCCAACCGUGCUAAUUGGAGGUGCAGAGAAAGGACAACAAACUGAACACAAAAAGCAGUUCUAAAUAAAAUAAAAUCUAGAUUUAAAAGUACAUAGCCCCCAGUGACUUCCUAAUAUCGGAAAGAAGAGCGUUCCAGACGGCCGCAGAAGCGCAUGUGAAAGCACGCUGCGGGAAUGACUGUCUUUGUUCGAUGGUUAUCCAAAAGCCGUUGCGAGAAUGACUGAGGUUUGCGUAAUGGUGUGUGCUCUUUAACGAGACCAGCAAGGUAUUGUGGUUCAUUUGUGGCGAGCACUUUGUGUGUAAUGAGUGCGACCUUCCAAUGUAUCUGUUCGGCAACCGAAAGCCAAUGCUUCCGGUUGACGUUACGUAGCAAUGCCUUGGAGGCAGAAAAGGGAUUCGAAUUUAAACUAAUCCCAUUGUCACCAACAUCGUCAGCCGUAGCCCACCCGCUGCUGGAUGAAGGCAUCCCAAAGCCACUGCCAACCUCUCGCGAUCCUGCGAUGAAACGAUCCAUGAACUUGAUUUCAUCACUCCAUCUCUUCAGUGUACGUCCCUUGGGCGAGUUCCAUCCCUUGGCUUGAUCAUUGUGCAUCGCACAUUAGUCGUAGCGUGGUUUAAACGCCUACCUUUGGGAAAUUCACCUCUGUUGGUGAAACCGCUCGCUUUGGUUUUUUUUACUUUGUCGAUCUGAAACGUGGCGUGCGUGCAAAUGGGGUUAUACGCAUUUAGCAUUGUGCGAUGCGUGAUGGAGUCCAGCAUGGACAUCGUUUUGCAACACACGUACCUGACCUAACAGCAAGCGGGCCCCCAUGGGACUGUGUCCACGUGUGUGAGGCAUAAAGAUGUGGAGCGGUAGAGUAGCGGGUGAGCGCCGCGCUACGAACCCGGCAACGCGAGUUCGAUUCCCGCUCACGGCACAACGCCGGUGACGAUUAUCUGAAUCGGUCCUGGGCCUCUCCUAGGUCGACUCAGCCUCAAAUGAGUACCUGGUGCGGUGUGUAAACAUCGCCACUGGGGAGACGAAGGCGGCCGGGCGUGGUGUUGGCCACACGACUCCUCGUGUGCCGUGCCGCCCUUAAUAAGUGCUCGCUAACAGCACUUGCCCCAGCAGCCUGUUGAAGCUAUACGGGGGAACUUUGUCUUUGAGGCGUAGAAAGAGAGCUGAAAUUCACCACAGUAUGCUUUUAUAAAUCUAUUAUAUCACAUCUUCAAAAAUCACAUUAACGGGCAAUUACACUGUCACAGAUUCAAUGUGUCACGCAUACAUUUAAUGUCAGAGUGGAGCUGAUCACAUUUGAAAUGGUUAUACGGAGGGUUAUGUAUAUGAUACUGUAUGUAUGUUUAACUUCUUUCGCACCCUACGUAGCCAACCAUGCUAAUCGAAGUUGAUUGAAGGUUAAAAUCAGCAUUGCAAAGAAAUUGCUUUGCAGCAUAUUCCAAGCACAUGGUCCAUGUCUGAUGCAUCGCAAUCCAAAUAAAGUGUAUCCUGUUUUAAAGAGGAAAUGAUUACACAGUUACAUUUUAAAGGUAAAUACCUUAUUCAGCUGGCUGAGUAGGGAAUUACCUUUUUGAAUGGUGAUUCUGCCUUGAGCAUAAAAUAAGCUAAUUAAUUUUUUCACGUUUAUUUAAGCGUUAGACAGUAGCUAGUCACGUGACGGUAAGGUUUUUUGUUUGUUUACCAAAACUACCAAAUACCGUACAGUAUUGUGGUGUAUGAUGUUAUUAAAUGUUACGCUAUUUUAAAUCGCCCUGUCCGUUUGGAUUUUAUCUGAACUAAAAAUAAAGCACACCUGCCAGUACUCCAGGUGUACUUAAUCUCUAUUGGAUACAUCCUAUAUCAUCGGGCAGUGGAAGGCCUUCUCCUAUAUCAUGACUGCAAAUGACACAUUUCCAGCCAUGUUGUGUGUACAGUACCACACAAUUGGGAUGUGUAUAGCGUAUUUAUGUCUAUCAUUAUUUUCUUGAGUCCAAGAACAUCAAUUGUUCAACUCGGGACAAUUAAAUUCUGGCAUUUUAAUUAUCUACACUUUAUACAUUACACGCUGAGCGGUAACAGUCCCCGCACCUUUUCGUGGCAAAUGUAUUACAAAUUGUUGACUGCAAACGUCACACGUCCACUAAGUACAGCAACGAUUGUGACUAGCAAAGACACAUUUGUCGAGAUAACUUAUUUUAAAUUAGCAAACAGGGCUCACACAUUGUUUUUUUCAAGUGGAAUAAGGAACUUCCAACUACCAAGUGGAAUUUGGUGUAAAUGAAAUCAGGACAUCUUCAGACUGACUUUUGCCCAUAGCAAAUGAAGCCCUUUACACUUCCCAAAUACCAAUCUUGCAAAUUCCAAUGUUUACCAUUCAUCAAAAUUGUGUUAUAAUUGUUAUUAGUGAGGAUGAGCGGUGGGCAUGUGAAACACGACUGAAUGUGUAAAAUAAAGUAAGGUGAGAAUUCAUCAUCCUGGGUUGUGCAGUUUGAGAAUUGCUGGCCCAAAGUAAACACGGAACGUACUGCUGUAGUUUGGUGCAAUGGCCUGGUAGGCUGACCUAAGAUAUGCAACACCGUGCAUAGCUGUGUUGGCAACACCAUUGAUAAUCUUCACAAUUCCUUUCUGCAAAGUGAUGAUAUUUAGUGAUUUAUAAAGAGACGGGAGAUUCCAAAAACAGUGUCUAAAGCCGAAGUUGGCCGUCUGAUUUGGUGCUCAAUUUAAGGGAAGAGGUAACGCGUGGACAUUCUAUCGUACGGAGUGCAACAGCCGUACAAAACAUAAGCAUUUCAAAUAAAAGGAGUUUGAAUUCACUGAGUUUGCACGUUGCAUUUCCAACAACGAACGGGAGCAGUGGACUUUUUGGAAUAUUGCAAUAAUGUGCAAAAACAUGAGAAAUAUGAGCACUUUGUAGAUUAAAAAAAACCCUAGCAAAAAAUGUAUAGCUUUGUGAUGCUUGUUAUAUUGUGUGCAAUACAUAAGAGUAUUAAAAACAACACAUUUUUGCAUACUCAAUUGAUGCCAGUAGAUAUUUGUAUUAAAUGUGUUUUUUCUGUACCACAUGGCAAGCAUAUGUCUGGAAUGAUGUUUUCUUAUAUUCAAAUGUUCUGUCCACUUGUAUUAUAUACGUAUUAUUAUUUUUGUCAAAGUGUGUGCUAUGGUUGGUUAUGCGUAUAGAAAGACAAAGAAGAGCCACAUUCAGUGUUAUCCCAACCAAAGUAUAAUCUGGAAGGUUCCAGCUGUGUGAAAGGCCUGUUAAAGGUUGAAGGUAAUAUGUUCGAGUUGCUUACACACUUUGUUCUAAAAUGACUAAAUGGUGAUGGAGGACUGCGUCAAACGCCUGUUGAGUGCCACCGACACGAGGUCGGGGUGAUUGGUGUGCGCAAAUUCAACCACGUCGCUACGUCCUCACCAAGCCGAUUUAAUUCCUUCAUUGCAUUCAGAUAAUCAUACCGUCGUUAAAGAAUCAUUUCAAACUAUUGAAAUCUCAAUCGAUUGCGUACCGAUCAUGAACUUCAGAAGUGAUUAACGUUAUUUAGCAAUAUCAAGUCAAUCUGGUGAAUAUGUACAAUGGAUGCAAGCUAAUGCUUAAAAUCAUAUUAAAAAAAUAUUGUAUUUCUGAAACGAUUGAACUUUUUUGACUUCUCUAUUGUCCAUUAAUUUAUUGAGUAUCCCAGCCAACAAUGGGGCAUUCGGUUUUUUUGGUUUGUGUAGGCGAGAAAUAAUUCGAGGGGGGGGGGGGUUCCGUUAGUAUGCUGCCGUGAAAAAUGUCAGUCCCACAGUGCAAUACGAGCUCACGUGGCCCGGGACCUGAUUCUUCGUCAAGCCGGCAAAGUCUUUUGCGUUCGUUUGUUUGUGCCAUAGAGAAAAAGACAUGCGAGGAGACACCGUGUGAAGCACAUUGGAAAGAUUUAGAAUGCCGGGACAAAAAUGUGUACAGAUAAACGUAAAUAUAUCUCAAAUCUUGUUUUGAUAUUCCAAAUAGCACAAAACGUUACAAGCUGUAAUGUACAGUAAUCGAAUAAAUUUACUUAUUUAAAACA